AUGAGAAAUAGAAGAUCACAAAGAACCGAAGAACAAAUCCAGCAACAAAAUACUGAUGCACGUGUGAGCAUUGCGCAAUUGCGUCAAGAACAAUCAGAAGAUACACGAGCUGAACGCGGAACAAAUGACCAACAACGCCAACAGGUACAUCGAGAAUUUACAUCUGAUUCAUUCCUGCGUCUAGCAUUCCAAUAUGAGUGCAAAAUUGAAUAUUAUGCUCAUUCAAAAGUGGUAAUUGGUGCUAUGGACAAGGAAUGUCCGCAUUGUCAUGCUCUCAAAUUCAAAAACGAGCCAGCUGGGAUGUAUUGUGCGUCAUGA